AUGGCGCCCUCGUCCUCAUUUCAAAAGCGAGUCCAACCAAGGCAAGAUGUUAGUGAUGACGAUCAAUCAGACGUCCUAGAUGGCCAAUCCUCUCACGACGAUUCGGAGUUCGAAAGCGACUUAGAUACAGACCAGACCCCCAACUCCCCGCAACAACACGACGACUCGGAAUCAGAACACGAGUCGACCACCUCUCUCAAUGACAUUAGCUUCGGUGCCCUAGCGAAGGCGCAGGAAUCACUGCAGCUCAAUCCUCGAAAACGAAAGAUCGCACACAUCACCUCCGACUCCCAUCCUCCUGAUAGCGCUGAACGAUUUGACACCCGUGAGCGUUCCAAAGAAGCACGAUUAGAGCCUCCGAAGCGCACUUCUAAACAUGCGCCGACGACCGAAUCUGCUAGAAAACCUGUCACACGCAGAAGAAAUAUCUUUGAUCCUUCUCCUUCACUGAAAUUCCGAGAUCCUCGAUUUGACCCCACGGUUAUGGCAGCCAAUAGCCACAGAGACGCCACACAACAUGCGGACAGAAACUACUCAUUUCUUUCUGAUUACCAGGCCUCGGAGAUUUUGGAUCUGAAGGCCCAGAUCAAGAAGGCAAAGGACCCUAAACUGGUUGCAGACUUAAAGAGGAAAGUCAUGUCCAUGGAAGCCAAACUUAAGAAUGUCGAGACACGCCAGAAGGAGAAUGAGAUCAGGUUGAAGCACAAGAGAGAACAAAGGGAAGCUCUACGUUCGGGGCAGACUUCUCGGCCUUACUACUUGAAGGACUCAGAUAUCAAGAAAAAGAUCAAGGAAGACACGUGGAACUCCAUGGGUAAACAGGCUCGCGACAAGGCAGAGAAGCGACGGCAAAAGAGGGAAAAGGGCAAGGACUCCAAAGAUAUGCCGAGAUUCAGAAGAACUGGAUGA